AUGGACCUCCAGGAACAUGAGACACUACAGUACUGUCUUCCUUCUGGUAAUGGAUCUUGUCCAAAAGAAGUACGACAAAAAACAACCUAUGUAACGCUAUACUUCUUGUUGGUGACUGUGGUGCUAAUUACAGUUUGUGGGAACUUAGCAGUGAUCAUUUCCAUUUCACAUUUCAAGAAGCUUCACACACCAACUAACCUCCUCGUGCUUUCACUUGCUUUUACAGAUCUUAGUGUUGGUGUUUUUACAAUGCCUUUAACCUUAAUUAAAAUAAUUGAAUCUUGCUGGUAUUUUGGGGAUAUCAUCUGCUUUGCUUAUGUAUUAGUCAGUUAUUUGUUAAUAACAUUGUCUGUUACUCAUUUAAUUUUCAUUGCUAUUGAUCGUUAUUUUGCCAUAUGUGAUCCAUUACUUUAUUCGGUUAAAAUUACAGUUCCUGUCACAUUCUUUUUCAUUGUCAUAGUGUGGAUACUUUCAAUACUGUAUAUUUUCAUACUAGUCUCCUGCAAUGGAUAUAUCAGUGGUGUAAAAAUGUCUGUAUCUUGCACAGAGGACUGCAAUUACACACUGGGUGUAACCUGGUGGGCUAUAGAUGCUGCAGUUAUAUUUUUCCUUCCAUGUUCAGUAAUGGUAGGUCUUUAUGGAAAAAUAUUUGUAGUUGCUAGAAGACAUGCACUAGUCACGCUUUCCUCCUCGAUCAGCAUGGAGGGAUCGGAUGUCUUGAGACCCGCCUACAAAUACCUGGCUUUCCUCAGGUUUUCACUCCUGGCAUCCAUGAUUGAAAGUUGA